AUGAUGCAAGCUUCAAAUGCUAACUACUCAACCUUAAAGAAUACCGUACUUGAAAUGUGGGAACCAGCAGCGAUAGGUGUCCACAGAGCACCUGAUUUAUUGGUGAAGUAUUUCGAGAAACACUUUCGCCGUUUUUUCAACAUGAUCAACAUCCCCUAUGAAUCUUCUAGGAUACAUAAUUCAAUUGAAUACGUAUGUGAAGACAUUUGCAAACGUCAUAUCUUCAAAACAGAUUUUCACAGUUAUUUCCAUGCUCAGCCACCAUUUCAACUGCGUGAAGCAAUACUGACGGGAAGCUUGAGCGAAGGGCUUUAUCUCUUUUCCUCAGAGCCACCAGAUAUGGACUUCAUGUGCGUGUUAAAGAAUAUCAUGUUUUCACAGGAAGAUCAAGAAGACGGCAGCUUGUUGCUAAGAGAAGAUACGCCUUUUGUUUACGCAUUUAUCACGAGAAAAGAAAAUAAAAACUUGUGGAGUGAGUUUUUAGACGAAGGAGAUAAGCAUACAGGAAAACUUAGAUUAUCAUCAAGAAAGUUGAAGGAAGAACUAGAGAAAAACUACAAAAAAACAGGCGGACUUUUCCGGACUUUUGGCAAAGAAGGACUGGAAGAAGUUGAUGAAGGUGCAGCCGUGACCAUUCGUAAACCAGAACCUGUCGUGCCUUCAGUGGAAAGAUACAGAAAAUUUAAAGAGGAAAUAUUAAGACAACCUUGGCGUGUAUUAUUAGACAACGCGGUUUCGGAUGAAAUUCUGCAUGCCAUGUUAGACAAAUUAAUUCCUUCCAGUGACAUUGUGUUGUCUAUAUCGUGCGAGGGAUGGCCAUACUGUGCGAGGGAAUGGAUUACACGAGAACGAGUUUGGCCAGAUAAACAUUCCGUGGAGACAAUCACACUUGCUGGAUUCCACAUUGUUCCAAAGAGUUCACAUGAUGGAGAUUUUCGUUUAUCUUUCUCAUGUGCUGAAACAAUUUUGGUGAAAACUCUCGAACCGCUACAGCACAAGGUAAUGCGAGCUUUCAAAGCAGUAAUUAAGCACCAUCAAAGGAUCUGGAGUCCAUCUGCCAAGGGGAUUAUAUCAAGUUAUCACUUGAAGACUAUCGCGUUUUGGCAUUUUGAGAAAACCUCACAGGAAUCUUGGACGGAAGAAACUGUAGUUCACCAUCUCGUUGUCUUACUUGAAGAGUUAGCAGAAGCAUUGAGAAUACAAAGUCUUCCAAUGUACUUUAUGCCUAAGGUGAACCUCCUCCAAGAUGUUGAUGAUCCAGAAGUCACGCUGGACUUAAUGGACAAGAUUUCACGACUUUCCCACAAUUUUCCUGCAAUGUCGGAGGCUGUAAAUGAUAAGACUACUUUAAAAGAGAGUGCAAUACUGAUUGACUCUGACCACAAUGUGAUUCACUCCAACCACGAUGACGUUAAUUGA